AUGCCCGUAGCUCCAGGACCCAGCCGGCGAUUCGUACUCCUACUCAUCGGCGUCUCGGCCUUCAUCGCGUUCACCUUCGUCUUCUCUUUCCGCUCGCAUGAGAUCGGUGUCAGACACCCUUCAGCUGGAGGAAGAGCCGGCAACCCGGUUGAAGUCGUCAAUGCAAAACUCGACAAGCUCAGACAACUCGAACUGCAAGACUCGACUCUAUCCGGACAUGUGAUCGCCCCCAAGCUCGGUAAUGAGACAGCUAAGUUCCCACAGANNGCCGAACUUGGUCGCGCAGCAUGGAAGCUCUUCCAUACCACGUUCGCCCGCUUCCCGGACAACCCCACAGCUGAGGAGAGCGCCGCCUUGAACGCAUACAUCCACUUGUUCCAGCGAUUAUACCCUUGCGGCGAAUGUGCCGGUCACUUCCGAACGAUCCUCGACAAGUUCCCUCCACAAGUCUCAUCGCGCUCAGCAGCCGCAGCCUGGGGCUGCCAUGUUCACAACGAGGUCAACAAGUCCCUAAAGAAAGAGAUAUUUGAUUGUUCAAACAUCGGUGACUUCUACGACUGUGGAUGUGCCGAUGGUGAAGCACCGGAAGGGGGUGACAACAAGGAGAUUACACAGGCGAGGAAGAAGUUCGACCCUCCGGAAGACGUUCCUCUGAAGCUUGAACAGGAUGGGUGA